GUCCCUCAUGGCUCCGUGACUGAGAAACAUCUGAUCCAGGCCUGACAAAUGGUCUGUCAGUCAUUCCCCUUAUCACAUUUCAGAAGUUAAAAAUGGAACAAGGAAUGCUGUUCUCCCCCACAUCUGAGUGCCAUUGGCCAGAGGGGACAUCCCAGUCCCUGUGUAGUGUGAGGUUUAGAGAAAAAGUAACUCUAGCCAGAACAAAGUGUUGCUAAAAUAACAGAACCAUUCUGUUGAAGGCAUCGUUGAGGAACAGAGCAGAAGACUGAGGGCAAGAAAGAAAUAGGAGGGAAGUGGUCGAUAGUUACAUUUAACGAUUUUCAGAGAGUUGGCCGUGCACUCUUGAGGGGAUGAACUUUGCGCUGGGCUACAAACCAUUGCUGGGGGACUUGAACACAAUGGACAGCUUGGAGAAGCAAUUGAUUUGCCCCAUCUGCUUGGAAAUGUUCACCAAACCUGUGGUGAUACUGCCCUGCCAGCACAACCUGUGUAGGAAGUGUGCAAAUGAUGUCUUCCAGGCAUCAAACCCCCUGUGGCAGUCAAGGGGCUCCGCGUCCAUGUCAACAGGAGGGCGGUUCCGAUGCCCUUCCUGCCGCCAUGAGGUGGUCCUGGAUCGUCAUGGCGUCUACGGCUUACAGAGGAACCUACUGGUGGAAAACAUUAUUGACAUCUACAAGCAAGAGUCCACCAGACCAAUCCAUACAAAAUCAGAGCAGCAUCUGCUGUGUGAAGAGCAUGAGGAGGAGAAGAUCAACAUCUACUGCCUGUCCUGUGAGACGCCCACAUGUUCCAUGUGCAAAGUGUUCGGAGCACACAAGGGUUGUGAGGUGGCUCCUCUGCAGAAUAUCUACAAACGACAGAAGACAGAGCUGAGUGAUGGGAUAGCCAUGCUAGUUGCUGGGAAUGACAGAGUCCAGGCAAUGAUUUCUCAGCUGGAGGAGAUCUGUCGAACAAUUGAGGACAACGGCCGGAGACAGAAGCAGCACUUGUGUGAGAAGUUCGAUUCACUUUACGCCAUCCUGGAGGAGAAGAAAAAGGAGUUGGUGCUGUGCAUCAGCCGGGAGCAGGACGAGAAACUCGGCCACGUCCGCUCCCUCAUCCGACAGCACGGGGAUCACCUGGAGGGAGCCUCCAAGCUUGUGGAGACUGCAAUCCAGUCCAUGGAGGAGCCCCAGAUGGCUGUCUUCCUACAGAGUGCUAAAGAGUUGAUUAAAAAGUAAGUAAACAUUUCAUAGGUGUUUUCUUUUUCCAUAUUACUACAGUCAUAGAUCACCUCAGGUUAGCAUUCUCUGUUGUCAUUUACAUUGAAUUCCUUCACACCCAAAUUUCAUUGUGACAGCUUAUGCUCAGUUCUUCAUAUCUCCUCUACUAAUCACUGCCUCUGAUUUCCCUUUCUAUGUGUGUUACUAUCAUUUUAUUGUGUUUUUGGAAUGUACUGAUGGAAUUUGGAUUUUAAAAUAAUAUUAACCUGGAACCAUCUGUCUGUAAAUAUGAUCUGGUUUCUGCAUUAAAUUUAAGACUAAGUUUUUGACUAGCACAUUUUGAAAAAUAAAUUAAGUGUACUGUUCAGACCAACGGAAAGG